UGAAAUUCUGCAGCAGUCAAUAAAUCUCUGCAACACAGAGAAACACACACUGACCUUACUCUCACUUGCAACAUCGUUGGCCAGCCGUCACUGUUCAGAAAGCUCAAGCAAGAAUGGCAUCAGCGUUGGAAAGGUUAACACACCUGAUGGACCAGUGGAUGGAUGUACAAGGAAUCCUGAUAUUUCUGUUUGUGCUGCUUUUGCUGAAACACUUAAAUGAUGUUCGUUCAAGAAACCUGCCACCUGGCCCCUUCCCUCUGCCUUUCAUUGGAAAUGUUUUGAAUAUCGGCUUUAACAAUCCAAUGGAUUUCUUUCCAAAGAUUGCUGAGCGGUUUGGAAAUGUGAGCACUCUGUUCCUUGGAGAAAAACCCUGUAUACUGCUCACUGGAUACGAGUGUUUCAAAGAGGCAUUUGUUGAACAGGCGGACAUCUUCACAGACAGACCAUACUUCCCUGUGAAUGACAGGAUCUGUAAAGGGAAAGGCCUGAUCUUCUCCGGUGGGCACAUGUGGCGUCAACAGAGGCGUUUUGCUCUGUCAACACUGAAGUAUUUUGGUGUCGGCAAGAAAACGUUAGAAAACUCCAUCCUGCAAGAGUGUCACAUUGUCUGUGAUGCUCUACAUACUGAACGAGGUUUGCCAUUCAACCCUCAUCAUGUCUUGACCUAUGCGGUCGGAAAUGUAAUUUGCAGUCUGGUUUUUGGCUACAAGUUUGAUUACGACAACCAUCAUUUUCAUCAGCUGUUGCAGUAUUCGGAUGACAUCUUCAAGCUGCCUGUCAAUAACUGGGGUCGGUUGUAUAACGAGUUUCCCACUCUGAUGUCCUUGCUGCCGGGAAAACACCAGACUGCAUUCGACAACCUUUCCAAGCUGAAGCUCUUUUUUCAGGAGGAAAUCAUGAAACACAAGGAGGACAGAAACCCAUCCAAUCCCAGAGACUACAUUGACUGCUAUCUGGAUGAAAUUGAGAAGAGCAAAGACAGUGCUGCCGAGUUCACAGAAGAAAACCUCAUACACUGUGUAUUGGAUCUGUUUGGAGCAGGCACAGAAAGCACUGCUAAAACUCUCAGCUGGGCAUUACUUUACAUGGCCAAAUAUCCAGAAGUGCAAGAGAAAGUCCAAUCUGAAAUCGAUCAGGUGAUUGGACAGACACGGCAGCCCUCGAUGGAAGACCGAACUAGUGUGCCGUACACCUACGCCGUGAUCCAUGAGAUUCAGCGGUUUGCAAAUGUUCUUGCCUUCAUUCCUCCGAGAAUAGCCAGCAAAGACACCACAGUGGCAGGAUGUGUCAUUCCUAAGGGUGUAAUGGUGCUACCAAUGCUCAAGCCAAUCCUAGAAGACCAGAAAGAGUACAGCACUCCAUAUGAAUUCAACCCUGAACAUUUUCUGGAUGAAAAUGGCAAAUUUGUGAAGAGAGAGAAUUUCAUCCCUUUUUCAUUAGGUAAGAGGACGUGUCCAGGUGAGCAGCUCGCUCGUAUGGAGCUCUUCCUCCUCUUCAUAUCUCUAAUGCAGCAUUUUACCAUCCUGCCACCUGAGGGACAGAUGCAGAUGAGUCUUAAAAGGACAGUCGCCAUCGCGGCUGCUCCAGAACCUUUCCAGAUACGUGCUGUGCCUCGAUAGUGACAUGAAAUCACAGCACUCUGCAAGAGCACAAAUAAGCUGAAUAACAUGUGCAUGACCUAUUUUUGACUUUGAUAGUUUCCACACUGCUUUUAUGUUACAAUGAAAUUGGCAUUAGGUUUCAAAUUGGGUUAAGCAAUUAUAUAUACAAUUUAUUGUGAAUUUCUUAUCCUAUUUGUGUCUUGAUUGUCACACAUUCUCAUUGGUAACUCUUAAGGACCUGCAAGUAAACCUACGAACCCCCGAAAGAGUGUCUAAUUUCAAAUUUGUAACAACUUAUUUGAUUUUUUUUAUGGUUUGCUUAUGUAACUGAAAGUACAGAUGCCCUUGUACACAUGUACAUUGGUCUAUAAAUGUUAUUAGUUGAUUCAAUUCUUUGAUCAUUGUCACAUGAUCCUUCAGAAAUCAUUAGCAAAUGCUGAUUUUCUAAUAUGGGUAUAUUUAAAAGUACACUUUACUAAUUUAACCCCAACACAUUUGCAAGCACAAUCGUUGUUGAUGAGGCAGCAUAAACACUAGAUAAAAAAUAAUGUAAACAUUCAUAUUAUUUUUCUAUCAUAUUUAUAUUAUACAGCAUACAAUUUAAAUACCUGAUUUAGCCGAAAUAGCAUUUAAAUGUAACAACCUUGCUUACAAGGUUGUACAUAUUUCAAAUGUCAAUACACUGAAUCCUGACUGGCAAGUCUGGAAACAGUCCCACUAGUAAAAUAUGUACAUGUUUAUAUAAAAUAGCAGGUCAGCUAAUGAAAACUAAAUUACUUACUCGUCCGAAAUUGUAUCCUCGGCUGGAUCAAGUCUCUCUUCAAAAUACAAAUGUUCAUCGGAGUCCCGCUCUUCUUCUGAGGAAAAUUGUAACUCUUAGUCACUAUCCAGGAGUUCUCACUUUGUAUCGUGCUGUCUUACAAAUGUGCAGAUAAGUGAAUGAACUAUGUUUUUAAGGCACAGGGCGGUUAAUCAGAAGGUCGUUAGUUCGAGCCCCACGGCCACCACCAUUGUGUCCUUAAGCAAGGCACUUAACUCCAGGUUGCUCCGGGGGGAUUGUCCCUGUAAUAAGGGCUCUGUAAGUCACUUUGGAUAAAAAGCGUCUGCCAAAUGCAUAAAUGUAAAUGUCUCAGCACAUUAGCGUAUGAAUAGCACGCUCUGCUGGUGGGUGUGAGCACAUUAGAGAUAAUUCACUGAGCCUGUAAAAACUAUACAUUGCAGAAGAAUUUGUUUUAAAUGGUUUAUUUAAAAGUAGAAAUCUUAAGCUUUCUUUAGACAUGUUUCACAGUUGUGUGAUAAAUAUUCAGAGUUUGUGACGUGUUUCAGAAAUAUGCUCGUGAACACAGACUACUUACAGCUCACCCUUUUUGUUUUCUUUAUUUUACAAAAGCACAAGAUUUUGUUAUUGUGAGUGUACACAAAUAA